AAAAAUAAAAAAAUAAUUAUCAAAUGGAAAUCGAAGAAAAUCCACCGACUUGACGAGUCCGUCGUCAACCGAAUCGCCGCCGGUGAGGUCAUCCAGCGGCCCGUCUCCGCCGUCAAAGAGCUCGUCGAGAACAGCCUCGACGCCCACUCCACCUCCAUCAACGUCACCGUCAAGGACGGUGGCCUCAAACUCAUCCAAGUCUCCGACGACGGCCACGGAAUGCGAUAUGAGGAUUUACCGAUACUCUGCGAGAGGCAUACGACUUCCAAGUUGUCUACAUUUGAAGAUUUACAGUCGAUUAAGUCGAUGGGGUUCAGAGGAGAGGCGUUGGCCAGCAUGACCUAUGUUGGUCAUGUUACCGUCACUACCAUUACCAAAGGCCAAUUGCAUGGUUAUAGGGUAUCAUACAGAGAUGGUGUGAUGGAGCAUGAACCAAAAGCAUGUGCUGCUGUAAAGGGAACUCAGAUAAUGAUUGAGAAUUUGUUUUAUAACAUGACUGCUCGGAGAAAAAUACUUCAGAACUCUGCUGAUGAUUAUCCUAAAAUUGUAGAUACCCUUAGCAGGUUUGCCAUUCAUCACAUAAAUGCUAGCUUCUCCUGUAGAAAGCAUGGAGCUGCUAGAGCAGAUGUUCACUCAGUCGCCACGUCCUCAAGGCUUGGUGCGAUCAGAUCUGUUUAUGGGGUGUCAGUUGCUCGCAAUCUGAUGAAAAUAGAAGUUUGUGAUGAUGAUCCAUCUACUUCAGUAUUUGAAAUGGAUGGUUUCAUCUCCAAUUCUAAUUAUGCUGCGAAGAAGAUAACAAUGGUACUUUUUAUCAAUGGUAAGUCUUUUGAAUCAGGAAGUUAUUAUUGAAAAGAUACAGUCUGCCGUUGAAUCAAAAUUGAGAAACUCCAAUGAUGCAAGGACAUUUCAGGAACAGGUAAUUUGCAAACUUGGUGUAUGAGCUCAAGUAG